UCUAAAACAAUGAGCGAUCUGAGUUGAAUUUGCAUUUACAGGGCGUCUGAUAGGCGGGCGGAUGGGUUCGUUGGGUCAGGAUCUACGGCGCUUUUUAUCAUUGGAGCACACAAAGUUGCUGGGAAAGCAGGCGUUAGGGAAGUGAAAGAUUGGGUUGAGCCGACACUACAUGGCAUAACUGGGUUUUGUUUUUGGGAUGAUGAUACCACGGCUCAGACUGAUUAUCUGGCAUUUCUUUCCUGUCUUUGUUCUCACUUUGAGGAUCUACAGUAACAAAUCAAGAAGAAUGCUCCGUUCAGCAUCUUCAAGCUCAUUAUCCCAGCUCUACAUUCCUGGCGAUCCCAACCCAGCUGUGACAAUGUAAAAAGAACAGAACU